UUCCUUUCCUCCAACUCCACCUUCUUCCCCCUCUUACCCACUCUGACUCUUUCCUUCCUAUUCCUUCCUUCUUUCCUUCACUCUCCUUUCAUUUCCUUCCAUUUCCUCCUAUUUCCACCAUGCCGUUUCCUUUCCUCCUCUUCUUUUCCUCCAUUUUCCUCUCCUUUCCUUCCCUUUCAUUCUCUCAACAAACCCCUCCCAAAGGAUAUUUAAUUAACUGCGGCGCAACCAGGAGAUCGGUGAUCGACGGCCGAGUAUGGUUACCCGACGGUAACUUCAUAUCCGCCGGAACAUCCAAAAGCCUAACUGUCCCCGGCUUAGUCCCCACGCUCUCCACCGUCCGGUCGUUUCCUCUCGAGAACAAGAACCUCCGGCGUAAGUUCUGUUACGUGGUGCGUGUAUACCGUGGUGCGAGGUACUUGAUUAGGACGACUUACUAUUACGGUGGAGUCAACGGUUUGGAUUUUGAUUCGCCGCCAGUUUUUGAUCAGAUUGUUGAUGGUACGUUUUGGAGCGUGGUGAAUACGACGGAGGAUUAUGGGAAAGGAUUGUCGUCGUAUUAUGAAGGUGUAUUUGAAGCUAAAGGGAAUACGAUGAGUGUUUGUGUGGCUUCGAAUACUUAUACAGUGUCUGACCCGUUUAUUUCGAGUUUGGAGAUGUUGAUUUUGGGGGAUUCGAUUUAUAAUACUACGAAAUUUGAUUCUCAUGCUUUGCAUUUGGUUGCUAGGCACAGUUUUGGGCAUAAUGGAUCCAUUAUUAGGUACCCGGAUGAUCAAUUUGAUCGAUAUUGGCAGCCAUAUGAAGAAAAUGUAUCUGUUACAGCAAGCAAGAAGAUCCCAGCUGUUUCUGGGUUCUGGAACAUCCCCCCUUCAAAAGUCUUUGAAACUGCACUUUCAACAGCUCAAUUGGAAUCCAUGGAGUUGAGAUGGCCCCCUUUCUCACUCCCAAACUCAACUUAUUACAUUGCUCUGUAUUUUGCUGAUAAUAGCGAUUCAAUGUCAUCAAACUCCAGGGUGAUUGACAUGCACAUAAAUGAUGUAAGGUAUUAUAGCAAUCUGGUUUUGUCUUCAGAAGGAGCCGCUGUCUUCGCAACUAGAUGGCCUCUUGGUGGUCUUACAAAGAUAACCUUAAGUCCUGCUGCUAAUUCAAAUGGUAGUCCUUUGAUCAAUGCUGGAGAGAUUUUUGAUGUUCUUCGCCUCGGAGGAAGGACUCAUACAAGAGAUGUAAUAGCUUUAGAAGAGCUAAAGAACAGUUUGCGGAACCCUCCAUUAGAUUGGAAUGGUGAUCCUUGUCUGCCACGUGAUUACACAUGGACUGGAGUUAAAUGCUCCGAGGGCGAACGAACUCGUGUGAUUUCUUUGAACCUGACUGGUAUGGGUCUUUUGGGAUCACUGUCACCAAGCAUUGCCAAUUUAACUGCACUCAAUGGCAUUUGGCUCAGUAACAACAGUUUAUCAGGAGUAAUACCUGAUCUCAGUUCAUUAAAGCUACUUGAAAUAUUGCAUUUGCAAGACAAUCAACUCACUGGAGAAAUUCCAUCAUCACUUGGAGAGAUGAAAAGUUUGCGUGAACUGUUCUUGCAAAACAACAAUCUGACCGGCCGCAUACCCGAUAGUCUUAUUGGAAGACCGGGGCUGGAAGUUCGGACUUCCGGAAAUCAGUUUUUGUCUCCACCACCUUCUUAAGUUUAUAUCAUCCAAAGGGAAACUUCACACGAACUCGAAUUGUAAAAAUAGUCGAUUUUCGGCCGACUUUAGAAUUUUUUGCCGGUAGUCUCACUAUUAUCUUCUCUCUGGCUUUCUCUAAAUGCAAUAUACCGGAAAUAUUUGUGGAUUGAUUCUUUGUUUUGCUUGAAUUCUAGGUCAUUGUUCAUCAUACCUUACUAACUGUUUAUUGCAUUGUAAUUUUAUGAGUCUUCGUAUUGGCUGAUGUAUUUAUUUACCAUGAAUAUACAUAACAGUUAUAUGAACACUUUUGUAAACAUCAUAUUUUAUGUACAUGAUGUCUUUUAUUUAUUGUUGGAAA